UUCACGAUCAGUCUUUGUUUGAAAUUAAUUGCGACAAGAACGGAAACAUGAGGUUACAUCUGUUAAUUCUACUGCUGAGCAUUUUUACUGUUCUACGAGCUGAGCAAUGGUGUCAAAAAGAUAUUUACCCAAGUCGGAUACAUACAACAAAGACCGAAAUCGAUGUUCUGGUCAUGUGGAAUCCCGCAAGAGUUGGUUCCUUAACACGACUCGAACUGUGUUCCAGUCGUAAUGGUUUGCCCUUUGAAAGACAUUGCUCGUGGCGUACGAGCCAAGCUGACAACGGUGCAGUGUGGGAUGUUGUGGAGAAGGGCACGCAGUUUGUUAACUGUAGCUCGAUUUAUAACAAUUGUAAAAGCGAUAGCUUCCAACAUUAUUACAUCCACAAAAAUAAACAGCAUACGAAAUUCACCAACAGAUGGCAUUCCGCAAAGAUGGGUGAAUUGGCUAUUACCAACGAGCCAUGUUUAUUGGCAACAGGGUUGCCACUAGCCAAGCGUUGUGUUUACAAUGCCCGCCAGUAUUUGGCCGAGUGGGAGCGCAGCAAAGAUGUGGAAAAUGCCAAAUGUCUACUGGAAAUAAAUGAAAACCUAAUUACAUUCGACCUAUACAAGCUGUAUAAUGAAGCCAAGUCAGCUUUUGACACUAAAACUGCAAUCGAUGUUAUUUCAAAAGUUCGAAAUCUUUUGGCAAAAUCCGGUACUGUACGAACCCCAGCAGAUUUGGAAAUCACCACUCAAAUCCUAUUCUCAAUAACACAAAGGAAUCCUAACAUUGAACUUCUACAGAAAAUUCAGGAUAUUGUAAAUCAGUUGUUGGGCUCUCCUGAGUACAUUGUUCAAGCUGCGCUAAAACUCAAUACACCAAAGUCGCUGAUCAAUGCCAUGGAAAAUUACCACGAUAUCAUUGCCCGCCGCAUGUUUCAGGAACAUAAUUGUAAUCUUGUACCGAACGGGGUCAUCCAUCAUGCCACAAAUUUAACAAGUGCUUUCUAUGUGAAUCCGGCGUGUUCGAAAAUUACUGGCAUUGCCGUGUACAGUACGUUAGCCCACCCUACUGCUGCCAUGACCUAUGACACGAACAUUCAGGGUUAUUUACGUUUUAUACAAAUGAAUGAGUCAUUGGAUGAUGUCGCUGCCGAGUCACAUCUUCAAAUGGCAGCAUACAUACCGCAAACCGCAUGGGAAGCACUAAUAAAAAAUGACAUUAAAAGAAACGAAUUAGAUGUUAUACGAAUACUGUUAUAUAAAAAUGGAAAUUUUUUCAUCGAUCGCAGAGCAUCGAAUGGGUAUCAAGUGGACACCCCAGUUUUGUCAAUUUCAGUGCCUGGACAUAAAGCUGAUCUGUCCGAAAGUAUACCCAUUAUCCUGCAAUAUCACAAAAACGAUGACCAAGUGAUUCCCAAAUGUAGCUCCUUCAUAGAUGGAACGUGGAUUAGCAACGCAGAUGCCCAGCCACUCGAUGGAAAUCUUCUGCUUUGCAAAACCGUACAUCUUAAACAAUUGGCUGCUGUUCGAAGGGUGGAGCACCCAUCGCCACAAAUUCAUCGAGCUGCUCUGCUAACCGUAAUCAGUGACUCAACGGUUAAUGUAAUCUCUAUUGUGGGCAGUGGUUUGUCGCUAUUCGCUCUAGUCUGUAUUUGGAUGACGGCUUUGUGCUGCACUCAUUGGCGUUCGCAAACCUCAAAUCAGCUGCUACUGAAUUUGUGUUUUGUUCUGACACUUAUCAUGGUCUAUUUUCUGUUUAUAAAUAUUUCAAGUGUGUGGGACGUUGUGGUCGACAUCAGCAACAAUUAUCAUUGUGUAGCCAUGGGAGCGUUUUUGCAAUACACCAUUCUCGUGCUUCUGAUGUGGAUGCUGUUCAUUGGGUUUUUCCAAUAUCAACGUUACAAUGCCGUUGUGGGAUCCAUUAGAACCUCAAAUUUUGUAGCCAAAUAUGCCCUGGCCGCUUGGGGUCUACCAAUGGUGCCCAUAGCAUUGCUAAUACUGUUCGAUUCAAAAUCAUAUGUACCACAGGGCGAAGACCCUAUAUGCUAUCCCUCUGGCAUUGGUUUUUAUUUAACCGUAGUCUUGCCCAUUUCUUGUCUAAUUAUAUUGAAUGUGGUCAUUUUGAUUUAUAUAUUCUUCAAAUUGAGAAAAUCUUUGACGACAUAUCGGCACACCAUCCAUCGCCAACAGCUACGUGUCCAGAUCCGUUUGUCCAUAUUUCUAUUCAUCCUGCUGGCCCUGUCAUGGAUAUUCGGAAUAAUAUCGCAUCUCAAUGAUAGUUUGUUAUUUUCAUUUUUGUUCUGUCUGACUUCGACAUUCCAAGGACUCAUGUUGUUCGUGUAUUUCGUGGUCGUCGACAAAAAUGAUCAAUUUGCAUGGGUGAGAUGUUGCGUGCCAAAGGACUACUUUCCAAAAACGGAUACAGUAAUGUCACAAUUGACCACGUUUGCGUCUGAAUAUUAAGAGAUAAUGCGUUUUUAGGUUUUGCGAAAAGUUGCAUUAUUAUUAAGAGAAUAUCAAAAUUUCGUGAAGGAAUUUAUAAAUAUAUUUUUGUUUUGUAUGUAAGAUCAUAUUUAAAAAUGCUUUGAAAUCUUGUGUUUUUAAGAUACCAAAAUGUUUUGUCUAAACCUUAAUAAAAUGAGAAAGGGAAAUAUCAUCGGCGGGUCUGAGCAUGUAAUAAUCUACUAAGCCACUACUAAACUGUACAACACAUAGUGUUGUAGGGUAUAAAAACUUGAAAGUCUGAAAAGUACGAUGUGUGAGCAAUGAAAACUGUCCGUCUUGCUAAAUGGUGCGCGUUAUAGCUCCCGGGGAUAGUAUACGCUUUCGUCCAAAAUCGAACUAAUAUUAAUAUUAUUAUCAAACAUAGGUCAGGUACCCCCCGAAAAAAAUCGUCCGAUUUUAAUCAAACUUAGCAAAUCCUUAUAUUUGUAUAAGUGAUGGGUGAGGUGUAAAAAAGGACAGAUAUCUGGCCACCGCCAAAAAGGAUCUCAAUUUUGAAUGAAACUUACACUUACGAAAUUAAAAAUAAAUGCUCGCUUGACUUAAAUUUUCACCCCUAGAUAUUUCAUGAAGAAAAUAUAUUUCGGAACAUCCCUUUCGACACCUCCCUCUUAAAAUAUAA